AUGGUGGAUACAAGAGGAAAGAAGAAGAUGAAGGAGGUAGAGCCGUCGAGGGUGACCAACCGUAUAGUAUUGAGGUCGCGUCGUGAGGAAGCCGAGAAUGAGCGUCGACAUGCUAGGCUUGUGGAGAAUCCUUCUCCCCCGCCUCCCGUGCCUUUUGACUUAGAUAGAGCUUUUGAGGGAGUGGAUGAGUAUGAUUGCAGUGAUGACAAUUAUGAUGACUUCCCGGAUGUAAAUGAUGCUUUCUUCGAGAGCAACCAUCCGAGUGCAGGUGGUUCUAGUGGACCUAGAUUAGAGCCCGAGGCUCCUUUUGUGUCUUCUUCGUUCUCUCAGUUUGUUCAUGUUAGACGUGGGCCUCGUGGUCGUUUGCUCCACGACGUUGCAAUGUUGCUUGGGAUUCCAGUCGGUGGAGAUAUGGUUGUAGGGAAUGAGAGUGUGAAAGCACAGUUGUGUGAGAUGCUGAGGGUCGAAAAAUUGAAUGAACAAUCGAAGCCUCAGCUUAAGAGUGGGGGUUUGGUGUGUGUUGAAGCUAUGCAGCAGGUUGGGAGCUUUCGGGAAAGAGAUUCUGAGGAGUGGGGAUCGGGCGCAGGUUUGGCCUCUCCAGUUCUUGGGGGACACUAG